AGGAAGGGAAGGUAGGCCUCGCCGGAGGAGGAGGAGGAAGAGGAAGAGACGGAGCCCCGCGUCGCCACGGAGACCAGGGAAAGGGAGGCAGGAAGGAGGAGGAGGGAGACGGAGACGCCGCCGGGGACAGGCUGAUGCUUUGGGGACGAGACGGACAGACAGAGCACCCCCCAGCCCCAGUCCCAACCUCUGAGCAGGAUGAGGGCCGUCCUGCGUGCUCCGCGGCGGGUGCUGCAACUCACCCUUGCCAUCAUCAAGCCUGAUGCCGUGGCCCACCCUCUCUUCCUCGAGGCCGUGCACCAGACCAUCCUGGACAACCGGUUAUUGAUCGUCAGGAGCAAGGAUCUGACGUGGAGCAAGCAGGAGAGUCAGACGUUCUACCAGGAACACUCAGGGCGCUUUUUCUACCAGAGGCUGGUGGAAUUCAUGGCCAGCGGCCCCAUGAGGACGUACAUCCUUGCCCACGAGGAAGCCAUCCCGCUCUGGAGGUCUCUGAUGGGACCCACCAAAGUUUUCCGCGCCCAGCACACAGACCCAGGGUCCAUCCGUGGGUCGUUCGGCCUCACGGACACUCGGAACACCGUGCACGGCUCAGAUUCAGCAGCAUCAGCCAGCCGAGAAAUCGCCUUCUUCUUCCCAGAUUUCAACGAGGAGCGGUGGUACCAGCAGGAAGAGCCUCAGCUGUGGGAGAGGGAGGUUGGCCGUGACACCAAGGCGGUCCCUCACCACGUGCCCAGAGAUGGCUGGGCAGAGGCAGACUGAAGGACACUUUACACGGGAGACACUGCCAGAACGGAUGCAGGGAUCCUGCUUUGGAGACAGGGGGGGGGGCCUCCUCUCUCUUCCCCAAAAUCAGCACUAAACAUGUCGCAGCUUACUCAGGGAUGGCUGCUGAGGUGUGUACAUCUCCCCCCUGGAUAAGAGCAGCAUCUGCCAGGCUGUGCCACACAGCCAAUUUAUCGCUUGCCCAGUCUGGGUUAAAGGGUGCCCAUUUAGGGCUCCAGCAGAAGCACUAAAUUUCUAAUUGACUUAAGCAUGCCUUUUCUCUUGGUUGCAACUGCCAUUUCCACAGGUCUGUGCCUAACUAUGUGCCCAUGUGCCAUCUUCACUGUGACCCACAAAUUCCCAGGAAUGUUUACUGGGCGGGGGAGGGGUGGGGUGCGUCGUCAGAGUUUAAUUGCCAAAGGGAGAGGGGUCUUGAUUCAUGGUUGUCCAAAAGACACGAUUCCUAAUAGUAAUAAUCUCACCUUUUGAUCCAAAACGUGCGUCGGCUUCCUGUGGUUUCUGGGUCAAGAUAAAGACAGGUCCUCUGCACAUGCGCAGACGCACUCUUUCCUUUAUGUUUUCCAUGGUAGAGAACCAACUCUGGAAACAAACUCGGGAGCUGAAUCUCAGGCAGUCUUGCUGUUGUCAGGGGUGAAACUGGGGCACCGCUAUUCCACGAUGCUUAGAAAUUCCUGCUGGCAACCAGGUUAAGUGGAAGCGGCUUGGGCACAAAUGCAGAGAUAAAAGCAUAAGAAGAUCCUGUUGGGUCAGUAUCCCUGAAGGAGCGUCUCCACCCCUGCCGUUCAGCCCGGACACUGAGGUCCACCUCCGAGGGCCUUCUGGCGGUUCCCUUCCUGCGAGAAGCGAAGUUACAGGGAACCAGGCAGAGGGCCUUCUCGGUAGUGGCACCCUCCCUGUGGAACGCCCUCCCGUCAAAUGUCAAGGAAAUAAACAACUAUCUGACUUCUAGAAGACAUCUGAAGGCGGCCCUGUUUAGGGAAGUUUUUAAUGUUUGAUCAUUUAUUGCUAUUAUUAUUAUUAUUAUUAUUUUGGGAGCUACCCAAAGUGGCUGGGGAAACCCAGC